GCCGCAGACCAACAGACGAGACGAGCGGAAGUGAAAGUAAAAGCGAGGCUUUUCCUGGUUCGGUCGGACGGCGGAGGGUUCCGACCUGCGCGUCCGAAGCGACAUGAGCUCCUUACAGUUCAGCAGCGUGUUACUGGACAUCUCGAACCAGCUGGCCCAGAAGCAGCUAGAGGAUAUGAAGUUCCUGUGCCGAGACUUUGUCGGGAAACGGGCGCUGGAGAACAUCACUAGCGGGAUUCAGCUGUUCCAGGUGCUGACGGAGCAAGGCCGACUGGGCGCCGACAAGACCGAGUUCCUGUCCAAGCUCCUCAAAGACAUUCACCGGAGCGACCUCUCGGACAAAUUGGACAACUUCGAGAGUGGGGCCGGAGUCAGCGACGGCCAGCCGGACGCGGCGGAGAGAGCCAAACUGGACAUCGCCACCGACGUGAUCGCAGAGAACCUGGGGAGGACCUGGCGCAAGUUGGGCCGCACUCUGGGUGUGACUGAUGUCAAGCUAGAGUCCAUCUCCAGGAGGCACACAGAUCUAGAGGAGACGGCCAGGGAGCUGCUGAAAGAGUGGAGGAAGAGCCGGGGAGCCAAGGCCCGAGCGUCAGAUCUGGUGGCGGCCCUGAGAGCCUGCAAGCUCAACCUGACUGCCGACAAGGUGGAGGACAGUCUUCCAACCCCCUGAUGUCGACGGCCCAUUUUACAGAUGAGACUGACGUGAACUCUGAGAGUGAAAUUAGAGCCGUGUUUAAACCUUGAAGAUUCUCUUCUUUUUUUUAUAAUCACCUUCUGAUCAAUAAAUCGACUUCCUGAACAUCAACAAACAUGGUAAUAGAGUAAUGUUUCAUAAACGGGGAGCUGAAAGGAUGAACGCAACGUGUUAUUAAUUGUAAUGCGUCACCAAAUGAUCAUUCAACAUGGGGACUUCUGCGGGUGAUGGUGGACGUAGGGCUUGGCAGCACAGUGGUAUGAACAGUUUAGGGGGGGGGUUACCAAAUUAAAGUGUAAAAUAAAUCAAUUGUGUAGAGACGUUUUUUUGUUUUCAAAUACAAAUGGCAGCAUCGCAAUUGGUCUAAAAUUACGUAAAAAAACCAUAAACUGUAUAUAAGAAGUGGAUGUAGUCAUGGUGACGUCACCUGUAGGUUUGUGAACCAUGUUUUUUCUUGAGUUUUUUGCAAGCGAUGAACAGAAGUUACCGUGUUUGGACUGUGUAGGAGUGAUAUAGAGACGCCGUAUACGGCUCUGGUACCGGCAGCGAAGUCUAGUAGUCUAUUUGACUCAAAAUGGACCAUCAUUUAAUACAUGUACAUCAUGCUGUAUUGAAGAAGACUUGAAACUAGAGAUUGAGACCAUAAACUAAUGUUUACAUUGUUUACUGAGAGAAGUAAAAAGUAGAGUCUAUACAAUCUGACCUCCUUUUGCAACUGGAGGUGUCGCCCCCUGCUGGUCAGCAGAGAGAAUGCCGGUUUUAAGACACUUCUGCUUCUGUUUAAUCAGCAGAACCUGAGGACAAUACAGGUAUACAGGGCUGUUCUUGGGUAGUGCAAUACCGGCUCUAAAAAGUCUGGUGAGUUUUAUAAGCAUCCAAUCACGUGACAUGUGGAUACAUAUGAUCAGUUAUUUAACUUUUGUGAAAUCUGCUUGCUUACUUUCUGGCAGAGUCACUUUUGUUUAAGUGAUCAAACAAACAAGACGCAGCGUGUUCAUUCGCAAGCUUUAAAGGUGCUGUUAGGCAGAGCCUGGUUAGCUCUUUGUGCUAAGCUAGGCUAAUCAGCUGCUGGCCGGCGCUUCAUAUUUUACACAUGUGCUCAUGUUCCAAAAUGAUGAAAUAUUUCUUUUAAGAUGUUUUUUUACUUUGAAUGAAAAUCAAAUGAGUAGAAAUGAAUCAUACCAGUACAAGGGAGAGUGGCUUUAUUUUAUGAUCAGAAGACAUUAAACUGUUGACAUUGAUUGUGUUAUGUGAUAUAUGAAAAUAAAAGUUAUAUUGAA